AUGAGCAUUGCGCAACGGUUGGCAAAGGUCAGAGAAGUUAGAGUCUGCUUCAACUGUUUGCGUAAGGGCCAUAUGAUCAGAGCAUGUCCGUCGCAACGAACGUGUGCCAAGUGCAAUCAGAAGCAUCACAGCAUGCUUCAUCAAGAUCAGCCGGAAAGUUCUGCACCACAUAAACCAAAGGAUAAGCCAGAGGAAAAGGCUGCAGAGCAUCAGGAAGCCACCAGCAGAAUGGAUCCAGAGCCACAGGAGAAUGGAAGCGUAUCAGUGACCACAUCUUGCUUUGCUGGUGGACAACGCCGAACCAAACAGGUGCUUCUUCAAACUGCUGUGAUUGAUGUGAUCGAUGUACACGGCCGUCUACAUCCUUGUCGUACACUGUUGGACUCAGGUUCACAGGCGCACAUAUUGUCAGAAGCAAUGGCUAGAGUACUCGGCUUUCCAACUCUGAAAUGUAAUAUAACAGUAGUAGGUGCAAACGCAGUGAAGACACAAGUCAAAAAAGGGCUGAACCUGAAUUUUUCAUCAAGAUACUGUGAUCUUCAAGACAGUAUCACUUGCUUGAUUUCGGAUAAACCUACUGGAAUUAUACCAUCCGUAGCAAUCGACGUGUCAUCGUGGAAUAUUCCUCCAGAAUUGCAGCUUGCGGAUCCAGACUUUUUUAAGCCACGCGAAAUCAAUUUGGUGCUGGCUUCGAACUAUGUAUGGGAUUUGCUUCGGACCAAAAAGGUGGUACUUGCGAAUGGUACUGCAUCACUGCGAGAAACCGAUCUAGGUUGGAUCAUCACAGGUACAUUCGACCCGUACCAACAGGUGAGUGCCAAUAUGCUGCUAUCUAAUGUAACUAUGCAUGACGAUCCAUUGGACGAGCAAUUGGAAAGGUUUUGGUCUCUGGAGGAAGUGGUCAAGCGCCCAUCAUUUGACGCUGAAGAGCAAGAAGUUGAGCAGCAUUUCUUAGAAACGUAUUGCCGGGAUGAAUCCGGUCGAUUUGUGGUCCAAAUGCCGUUUCGGGAAACAGUCACGGAACUUGAAGACAAUCGAAGCCAAGCGUUGAAGCGAUUCUUUGCCUUAGAAAGGAAAUUGUCACGCAAUCCCGAACUACGAAAGCAAUAUUUUGAAUUUAUGAGAGAUUACGAACUGCUUGGCCACUGCAAAGAAAUCAACGAAGAAGACGACAUUCAGGGGAUGCUGCGAUAUUACUUACCACACCAUGCGGUGUUUAAGCUGAUGAGCUCCUCGACAAAGGUAAGGGUGGUGUUCGACGCGAGCGUGAAGGAUUCACACUACUCCCUCAACGAUGUGAUGAAAACCGGUCCAACUGUGCAGAACGAUAUAUUUGCCGUGAACUUGCGUUUCCGACAGCACGUGUUUGGAUUUUCUGGUGACAUAACAAAAAUGUACCGGCAGAUUAAGAUUGACCGUAACCAAACCCGGUUCUUGAGGAUUUUUUGGAGAGAUGAUCCUUUAAAACCAUUGAGAGUGUUGGAGUUAGUCACUGUGACAUAUGGAACCGCUGCUGCACCAUUUCUCGCGACAAGAUGUUUGGUGCAGCUGGCAACUGAGGAGCAGCAUCGUUUUCCAAUCGCGUCCAAGAUGGUGUUAGAAGACAUGUACGUUGAUGAUAUGUUAUCCGGAGCAGACACAGAAGAGGAAGCAAUACAACGGCUGUUGGAAGUGAAGGAACUACUAUCUGCUGGAGGGUUUCCGAUUCGCAAAUGGAGUUCGAAUUCUACGGCGGUCCUCGAAAAUGUGCCUGAAAAUGAACGGGAAAGGUUAAUGAAGAUUGGUGAAAGUGGACUAAAUGAAGGAAUAAAAGCUCUUGGAGUGCUAUGGGAUACAAAAAAUGAUGAGUUAACGUUUGAGAGUUGGCCAGAAGAGACCAACGAUCAACCACCGACAAAGCGAUACGUACUGUCACAAAUCUCGAAAAUAUAUGAUCCAUUGGGACUAGUGCAACCAGUAAUAGUUUGUGCAAAGGUGAUUAUGCAGAAGUUAUGGUCGUCGAAGAUAAACUGGGAUGAUGAGCUUGAAGGCGAGCUGCUGGACGAGUGGGUAGCAUUUCGUAAAUCGUUGACCAUGAUGAAUCAGAUCCGUGUACCGUGA